AUGAGCGGUGAUGUUUGCCGCGAUUCUCGGAUCAUUUCUCUGAACUACUCUAAUUCCUCGCCGAUCCGUUCGUCGUCGUUUCCAUACACUUAUUCAAGAACAUACAAAGAUCCCUCUGUUUCGACAAAUCAUCUUUAUAGCAGUGCCGGCAGCAAGCAACGCUUAGGCAUUAGCGGGGAGUACCGGAGCAUACCAUCGAACAGGCUAGGGUACCAGAAUCGUCGAUCGUUCACCGACGUUGACUUCUUGCAACACAAGUGGAACCUGAUUAACAACUUAAACAAUCACCUGUACGGAAGGAAGUCGUCAGUCGAUACUAACAGAAGUCUGAAAACCACCUGUGACAUUACUCCGUACCGACCACCCAGUCGGGCGUCGUUGUCGUUCGUUCCAAAAAGCCCCGUGAACUCGUCGUCGUACGACGUACGACGCCUGAAGUCGCUUGUCGGUCGAGAUCGGACUUCGUCGACGUCGUGUUCGCCAACCGCCCAGAGAUGUCAGAUCAGUUCACGGCCUCUGUCGCAGCAGCUCUACAGCAUUUCAUGCUCAUCCAAACAUAAUGACCGGCGCCAGUUCAGCCCUUUUUCAUACUCGCUUUGCACGCCGCUUUCAAGAAGCUCGUCAUCGCUGAAGGCCGCUGCGUUGUCGAGCGAAAGAGCUGCUCAUAGAGUAUAUGACUCUUGUGACUUAUCCACGAGGAAUAAGUCGAAAACCGUCAUGAAUUGCGAUUAUGACUCAACUGAAGGUGCUCCUAGACAUUACAUGAUUGAUGCAACCGAUAAAAAUAAUGGCAGCUGUUGCGGCUCCGGCUCUGGCCUCGUGUCCGUCUCUGUCUCUGUCUCAGGCUCCGGCCCUGGCUCCGGCACCGGCGGCACCAGCGGCACCAGCUCCGGCUUCGGCAGAGACUUUCUUCGGCGCAGAAACGAGAACGUGGAAUGGUGCUCACGCUAUGCGUCUCUUGGUUCCAAAUGGGCAACUCGCGCU